GACGUACUACCUUGCGGAGCACCUCAAGAGGCUCAACAUGAUGAAAACGUCGUCUCUCAAACGCCUACAAGACACUUGGUAUUGGAUGAUAUGGAUGGAACUUUGGGCCACAGUUCUUUAUUUUCGCACUAUUACCCAGCAUCUCUAUCACAAGGAAUUCCAGAGGCAGUGGUGAAAAUACACUCCGACGUCCGACUACCUCCGAUGUUUGUGACCCGACUUAUCAAGCCGUACUUACCAGGAUUCGACCCUCAUUUCAAUCAGGGCUUCAAGCGGAUCGCAAGACGACACAAACCUGUCACGCUGAUUGGAAUAAGAAAGAACGGGUUGCUCCCCAAAAAAGAAUUUAUUCUCAACGACAUGAAGGAUUCUUCAGAAGUAGCCGAGUUGCAGUCGCCCUACAAUGAUAUUAGCAAUUUUUGGCUUAAUGGACCUGAACGCUGAAAAAAGAAUUUUGAAAUUUGCAUGUGAAGGUACAUACAAAUUAGUAACAAUAAAAGCUUUUGUCAUAAGCUGGAAUGUAUUUCAUUGACUUACUAUUGCAAUUGUGUGCAUGUUGCACCGAAUGGUAUUUAUGCAAAAAAUAAAUAAAAAGUACUUAUUAUAUUCGUCAUCCAUUAAACUUAUUUAAGAAACCCGUUUUCAUUUUAUAUGUGUUGCUGAAA